AUGAGGAAUUGUUCAGCGUGUACCCGCGAAGUCGGAAAAGAAGAUUAUUUGCAAUGCGCAAAAUGUAACGAAAUAUUUCACUAUUUAUGCCUUAACAUACGCCCAGAGAAUAUUGCGGGCUUGCUUCCAGACGCAUUAUUUAAUUGGAUUUGCCCCAUGUGUAUGAUUAAGCAACCGAAAGGUAACAACUCCGAAUCGGUAGCUCGCCCCUCAACACCUACAUCGUUUGCCGAAAUUUCGUUUAAUAACGUGUCCCGACGCAGGGCGCCUGCAAAACUUGAUACUAAUAUCAAUGUAGAUAAUACAAGUGAUUAUGUGCGUCGUUCAGAACUGCGAGAAAUACUUCGCGAAGAAAUAGCAACGGGGUUAAAGUCUUGCACCACGGAGUUUACAGUUGGCAUUAGCACAAUUAAUGGACAAAUAAGUAAUCUUAAAUGUUCUAUUGAAUUUAUGAGUGACAAGUUCGAUAAGAUUUCAGACGAAUUUAAAAUUCAACAACAAGAAAUAUUGGUAUUAAAAAAAGAAAACGAUUCUUUGCGUUACGAGAUUAACACCCUCAAUAAUAAAUUGAACCAAUUCGAUCAACUUUCCCGUGCAUCUUCCCUGGAGAUACAGUGCGUGCCCGAAAGAAAAACGGAGAAUGUUGUAGGCAUAUUAAAACAGCUAGGAUGCGCCAUUAACCAUACAAUGAGUGACCAUGAUAUUCUGUACUGUUCACGCGUCGCUAAGCUUAACCCGGCCAGCCCUAGACCACGUACAAUUAUAGCGAAGUUUAGUUCACCACGAAUUCGAGAUUCGGUGCUUUCUGCAGUCAACAGGCAUAACAAAGUAAACAAGGAGAACAAGCUCAACACUCAUGACCUUGGCUUCGACACAGAACAAAAGAAACCUGUCUUUGUUAUUGAGAACCUCUCCUCCGAAAAUAAGCAGCUGCAUGCAGCAGCUCGUAAACGUGGGAAAGAGCUCAAAUACAAAUACACCUGGAUUCGUGCUGGUCGCAUUUACAUGAGGAAGUCGGAUACAAGCGAAGCAAUUUUUAUUCGUAACACUGAAACACUUGAUAAGCUUAAAUGA